AACUUCUAUUUAAGGUCCUCUUAUCUGCAGAUCAUUGCACCAUGAAAAUUCUUGAAGAUAGCUUGGUGUUCCUCCCGCAUGGAUCGGUUCUUAAUGCUUCCACUCUUCCUCUUACGUUCUUGGAUAUAUACUGGUUCGGUUUUCCUCCCAUGCAACGCCUUUUUUUCUAUGAUUUCCCUUACCCUACUUCCUAUUUUAUGCAAACUGUUGUUCCCAAUCUGAAAUCAUCUCUCUCCCUCGCUCUUCAACAUUUCUUUCCCUUUGCGGGCAAUCUUGUGUUGCCUCCACCGCCUCAAUUGCCUUAUAUUCACUUCAAAGACAGCAAUUCCGUUUGCUUUAUUGCUAAAGAGUCGACGGUAGAUUUCGGCCAUCUUAUCGGCGAUCAUGGACGGUGUGUUGAGGAGUUCCAGGUUCUUCUCCCGAAAUUGCAGCCUCCAAAUACGAGCACAAAUGGAAAUGGAAUGAAGAAGUUGGAGAAGUCUCUCAUGGCUAUUCAGGUUACUGUGUUUCCCAACGCAGGGAUUGCGUUAGGUGUUACGUUUAACCAUGUUGUAGCUGACGGUAGAGCGUUUAUUCACUUCAUGAAAUCAUGGGCAUUUCUUAAUAGAUCCCAAGGGGAUUCCAGUUUUCUCAACAAUUUUCCACCACCUGAGUUCAACCGUGAUUUGAUCAAAGAUCCUCAGGGGCUGCUUGCAUCUACAUUCGUGAAGGACAAAUGGGGUACGGAGGAGUUGGGCACCCUUCCCACUAACAAGCUUCGGGUCACUUUUGUCAUCAAACGAUCCCAAGUUGGGUUACUGAAAAACUGGGUUACAAGAAAGUUGAUGGAGGAAAACAAAUCGGAGAAAUUAAGGAUUUCAACUUUUGUAGUAACAUGUGCUUACAUGUGGGUUUGUUUGAACAAAUUACAAGAAAAUGAAACCAAACAUCCUUCACCAUCAGGCGAUUCUCAUAUGGUUUUCUCAGCAGACUGCAGACACCACCUGAAACUGCCUGCAACAUACUUCGGGAACUGCAUUCAGCCACGUUUUGCAACCGCUAAAAAGGCUGAACUGGUGAAAGAGAAAGGAGUUAUUGUGGCUGCAAAGGCCAUUGGGAGACAAGUAAUGGAAUUGGAGGAGGUGGGAGCAUUAAGAGAGGCAGAGAAAUGGUUGUCAAAGCAGAAAGAAAUAUUAAAACCUGGAAUCCAUUUUAUAAGCAUAGCUGCAUCACCCAAAUUUGGUGUUUAUGAGAUAGAUUUUGGGUGGGGAAGACCCAGAAAAACAGAGGUGGCUCACAUUGGUUCAUUUGGAUCCAUUUCCAUGGCUGAGAGCAGAGAAGAGGAAGGUGGGGUUGAAUUUGGGUUAGCACUUUCUCAAGAAGAAUUGCAUAGCUUCAAUGAUGUUUUUCAUCGAGGCUUACAACAGCUACAAUAAUUUAUGAACUCCGGUAUUGAGCCCGGUUGGUUACACUACAAUAGUUAAAUUUUGGUAUUGUUGAAAUAGUUGCUAUCGAACUCCAUUUGUAACAUUU